AAAUGUAACUACACUCGCUGCUAAUCCGUUAGCGCUGUGCUCAGACCGACCCAGCUCUGAUGGGCAGGCAGCGAUUUAUAGUGUAAUUCAGCGGGUUUUCCCAAUUUCCUCCUGAUUAAUAUCAUCAGAACAGAUCACAGCGAGAGGACACAGCGCAGAGAACAUGGACACUGCUGUGAUGAACCUUUUUGGCAUUUUUGAAAAUCUAAGAGCCCAUGUUGACGUCCUCAGUGAAAGCAUCGAGCCUCAGUUCAUUCAGAUGGCCCUGAACUUUGAGGACUGUCGGCGUAAAUGGCUCCGAGUGGAGCAGGAUUUCGCCUCGUGUAAGGAGGUGCUUGCCAAGGCGGAGACUGAGAGAGGGGCUCUGGAGGUCAAACUUAAACACGCUCGUAACCAAGUGGACGUGGAAAUCCGGAGACGACAAAAAGCUGAAGCAGACUGCGAAAAGCUGGAUCGUCAGAUCCAGCUGAUCCGAGAUCUGCUGGUCACGGAGGGUUCUAGCAAUAGCAUCCAGCUGAAUGAUGAGCAACGCUCAGCCCUGGCUUUUCUUAAUGCACGCUCUCAGACACCUGCUAAUCUCAACAGCAGCCGAAGGUUGACCACCAUUGAUGAAUCUGCCUCAAUCCUAUCAGACAUCAGUUAUGAUAAAACUGAUGAUUCGUUGGACUGGGACUCCUCUGUUGUCAGAACUGUUCGACUGAAGAAACGUCAGAAGAGACGCUCCUCCCGAAACCACACUGAAGGUCCACCAGCUGCUGCCAAGCGGUCUCGAUCCACUGGCCGCACUUCUGAAAAGGGGAAUGAGUCUUUGGUGGCAAAGACUACUGUGACUGUGCCUAAAAAUGGAGGACCUAUAGAAGCUGUCACCACUGUUGAAGCUGUUCCUUAUUGGACCAGGAGCAGGAGAAAGACUGCUACUAUGGAUUGGGACACUGCAGACACUGAUUCUGUUCAGUCCAUGGACGUGUUCAAACAGCCCAGCCGGCCACAAAGAGAGAGCAGAGCAGAGCCCAGCACACCACAAGGUGGUGUCCGCCUGCAUGAGUUUGUCUCCAAAACGGUGAUCAAGCCUGAGUCCUGUGUUCCCUGUGGGAAGAGGAUCAAGUUUGGCAAAAUCUCUCUGAAAUGCAGGGAGUGUCGCGUAGUGGCCCACCCCGAGUGCCGUGACCGCUGCCCUCUUCCCUGUAUCCCCAACAUGGCUGGAACUCCUGUCAAGAUUGGAGAGGGCACUCUGGCAGACUUUGUGUCUUCUACAUCCCCCAUGAUCCCACCUUUGGUGGUUCACUGUGUGAAUGAGAUUGAGCAGAGAGGCCUACAUGAGACUGGUCUGUACCGCCUCUCCGGUGCUGAUCGUGUGGUGAAGGACCUGAAGGAGAAGUUCCUGCGUGGGAAGACUGUUCCUCUGCUCAGUAAAGUGGACGACAUCCAUUGCGUCACUGGCCUUCUUAAAGACUUCCUGAGAAAUCUCAAAGAGCCACUGCUAACGUUCCGGCUCAACCGCACCUUUAUGGACGCAGCAGAGCUUGCUGAUGAAGACAAUUCCAUUGCUCUCAUGUACCAGACUAUCAGUGACCUGCCUCAGCCCAACAGAGAGACACUGGCGUUCCUUAUCAUCCAUCUGCAGAGAGUUGCCCGAAGUUUAGACACCAAGAUGGAUGUGACUAACUUGGCUCGUGUGUUCGGCCCCACUCUUGUGGGUCACGCUGUUCCUGAUCCAGAUCCAAUGACCAUUCUACAGGACACUAAACGCCAGCCUAAGGUUGUGGAGCGCCUGCUGUGUCUGCCUGUCGAGUACUGGAGCCAAUUCAUGAUGGUGGAGCAGGACCAAGCUCACAAUGAUCACAUGGUCAUUGAGAAUGCCAAUGUCUAUUCCACUCCUGACCAAAAGAGCAGCAUCUUUGCCCCCCUCACCACUCCAGAGCAGCACAUGAGCAAAACUCCAUCCUCUAGCUCUCUUUCCCAGCGCGUGAGAAACGCUACACUCAAUGCCAUCACUCCCAAGUUUGGAAGCAAAAGCAAAUCGGCGGUGAGCUUCAGCCGCCAGGGGAACUUCUUCGCCUCUCCUCUGCUGAAGUAACCAGAGGCAGCUCUGCAACGCCUGUAGCUGCCCCGGGUGUAUAUUUGGGAAAUAGCUGCUAUAGAUAAAUAUAUAAAAGCAAGAUUCUGCACUGUUGUGUUAAUAGAAGGCUACAAGUAACAUCACCUGUUUUAAUUUUCCUUUUUCUAUCUACGUUUUUUUGUUUUACUCAUUUUAAGCUUUUAUACUAUAAUCAGACUCGCAAACCAAAGGGAUGAUCAAAAAUAUGCACUUCACUAGCAUUCAGAAACGUUGACUCCAAAGUUAAGAGAACCGUCGUUUUGGAUGGGAGUUCUUUCUCAAGAAGCCCAGAGUUGACGGUUAUAUUGGAGCUAUGUUUUGUGAACUACAAGCUUUGCCAGAGUAUGUGUGUCUGUUUUCCUUUUUAUUAGUAUUUUAUAAACCAUUUAAGCAGACUAAAUCAUUUUAACAGGUUUUGUGAAUGUUUCAUUUUUCCAAAAUGUUCUUUUUAUUUUGUACAUCAGUGAGCACAAAAAGUCCAGCAUGUGAUUUGUUUGAUCCUCACAACAGAGUACAAGUUAAAGAGCUUUUGGAAUAUUGAAAUUUGUAAUUUCCUAACUAUCUAUACGUGAUUUAUACAUCUAUGUACAAAUAUGUAAUAAGACUUAAGAGUUUGAGAGAAGUUAAUGAGGGGAAAAUGUAUUUUGUAAGGCUUGAUUGUUGUGAAUCUGAUCUCUUGGCCAAAACCAGCCUAAAGCAUCUUGUGGUGUGCUGAACAUCAGAAUGUGAGUGGACUGCUGGACGCUUUAUAUAGUAAAGGUUGAGAUUUUUCACACGUCUGUGCUUGCUAGAUCUUUGUAUGUUUUUGCUUUACUUGUUUUCAAUCAAAAUUUAUUACAGGUUUUUAUACAUACUGUAUUCAGAUUCACCAGUCAAUCGUUUGUAUACAAGCUUUUGUACUGAUGAUUAUUUAUUUGUACUCAUGCUAUAUGUAACUUACUUUGUAUUUGAAGCUACCAUUUAUAAGUAGGGACAACAGUCAGGACUUUAAUACUAAUUUUUUGACCGUUUGAGGCUGAAUUUGAAAACAAAAUUUGUGUAAAGUUAGUGUAAGAAGGAAGUAAUGACCUUUCAUUCAGUUUUCUACAUUUUUAAAAUUUUCUCCCCUCCACUUUGCAAAAAAAUUAAUUCCACCUUCAUUUGUUAUAAGAUUCAUCAAAAUGUGAUUUUUAGAUCUCCAUAUUAGUUUAAAAUGGUCAGAACUGAUUUGAUAAAGUUCACUGUUCUGUCACUGUCACACAAAAACUUGUAUCUCCAAAAAGGAAACUCUCAAUCAAAUUGUCAAAGUGUAACAGCCAUACAUGGAGAUAUAAGUUCUUUUUACAUGGCAGCAACAAUGUGCAAAGCUGAUAUGUAAAGUUUAGCUAUGGUUGAAUUGAAUCACAUGAUGAGGAGGGUUGCUGUAUAUGACUCUGUACACUACAGCUCAUCCUUUUCUUUAAAAGGACAGUGUUAACCAGAUGUAAUAUUACUGCAUGUAAUUUCUGCUGUCCUGUGUGUAAAAUACAUUCAUCUAUGGUAUGUAA